CUCCUCAAAGUCCACUAAACAAAAGGCGAUGCGCAAGUUCAAAUGACAAUUACUUAAAAUGCUGACCUUCUACAAUUGCCUUUUGCCGGCGAGUCUAAUUGAUGAGCUGGCCGAGGCAACGUUUCCUGAACCCGUACAUGUUUGAUGUGUACAAAUGUGAGCAAUUAUCCAACAAAAUUCCCGCAGACACGCACAUUGUACAAAAUAGCGAAUUUAGUAGAUUUUUAGGAUGAUAAAUUUCUGUGCUUUAAGACUUGACAGGUUUCAAUUGAGAAGUUAAUUUAGUUCAUAAAUAAUAGAAAUAAUAUUUUUAUUGUCUUAAAAAUAAUAUAUAUAAAAAAUAUGUAAGGUAUUAGUUGUUUAAAAUAGAUGAGACACAAAAAAACAAAAAAAAAAAACAUUAACUAAUUAUGAGCUUAAACUAUAACACAAAGUUUUAGAAAAUUGAUAGCUUAAACUACUUCAGCAGAAAGUGGAUUUGUAGUGGACUUUGAUGGGAGCGCAAUAUAGUCGUAUAUAUUAAUGAAUAUUAAUUAAAAAAUGCUCAAACAUAUUCAUAAACAAAGCUUGCACAAAUAAUUACUAAACAUGGAUAAUGUAUAUACUCCACUCUUUACAUAGAUAUUGAUAUGAAAUUCUAACACAUUACACCCACACAAAUACUUUUUCUUUACACUUUCUUUCUUCUUAUUCUUUUUUAAACAUAAUCAC